GAAUGGUUGGAGUUAUUUUAGAAACUCUUAAUGCCAAGAAGCUAAUUGCUUUCGGAGUUUUUAUACUGAUUGCUCAAACAUCAUUCUUCUUGAUUGGUGGUCUUAUAUCCCCGGCUCCAAACACUCAUGAGCAAAUUCUUCUAUCCAAAUGCGUUGAUCGUGAAAAUCGUAAAGAUAAGUGGUUUUUUCUCAGACCUCAUUCGUCUAAUCAGACUUGUCGUGAGAUACUUGAUGAUGAUCCACUUGAAGAAAUUGGUGCAUCAAAGAACAUCACUGCGGACAAUAUCGUAUUUGUUGCCCAAUUUCCUCAUCCAAGAUCUGGCUUCGAUCUCAAAAUGACACGAUGGUUUCAACAAGUCAUCGCAGUCCUAAACCUUGAUAUUAAGCAGAAGUAUAACAUAGAGUCCCAUUCUAAACUCGGCUCUGCCGAUGAAUUCAAAUUCUACGACUGCGAAGUACUCCCCCUCUUCACACUUGGCAGUUGUCAUCAUGAAAAUUACCUUGUCAAUAUACGCAUCCCAAUGGAUAUAGAUAACAAAGUCAAUCACGAGAUUGGUCUUCUUCAGGAUGUGUGGAUGGUGGAAAUUCACCAAAAUGGUGGUUUUACUAUGGUGAGUUUUAAUACAAUAAAGCGUUAA